AAAUGGCAUCUUAUUCAGGAGAACAAUAAGUCAAAACUGUUAUCAAUACCGACGAUAUUAAAGAGAUUGUAGGAAUUCUAAAUAAUAAAUUUAAUGAGAAUUAUAGCUUAGUGUCCUUCGAUGAACAGAAUUAGUAAUUAUUAUUGAAAAAAUAUUUUAGAUUUGAAUUCUUGGAACUGUUAAAUAAAAUAUUUACACAUUUGGACUCAAGAUGGACUAUAGAUGUUAAAGUAGAUAAUCAAGAUACUAUUAUCUAUAAAAUUACUGAGUAUUUAAGAAUUCUAAAUUACCCAGGCUAAUUUGAUGAUAAAUGGUCCCAAUCCGUCUUAAUUGCGGAUAAGAAAGUGAUUUAUCCCAUUUUUCAUUAUUUAUUAACUAGAUAUCCAGAAUUAGAAAAAAGAGCCUAUCUCGCCAAGUAUUUGGUACCAGUAUUUGUGCCAGAUGAAUUUUAAAUGGACAAUGAUAUAAAGACCUGUGUCGAUCAAAUCAAAGACUUGUAAGCCUAAUUCUAAGUGCAUCAUCAAUCACUUGAGCAAGUGUAAUCAUAAUCAAUGAAUCCUGAAGAAUUGAAGAAGGAUAUCGCCUAAUUUGAAUAAGAGAGAGAAUAAUUAUUAAAUAAAAUUAGCAAUUUUAAGAGUAAAGUAUUAACUAAACCAAAUUUCAAUGAAUUGUUGGAUGUUACUAAUAUGUUGAGAAAGGAAUAAGAAGAGGAAGCCAGAUUAUAAGAUAAACUUAGGUAAUAAAGAAUGACAUUAGAUCAAACAGAUUAAUAGCUGUUAUAGGCUUAAUAAAGAUUGAUCGAUGCUUAGAAGUCACUGUCUCCAGACAAUUCACCAGAAUAAAUGUUGAUGGCCUUGAGAAAUGAAGUAAAAAGAAAUAGGGAGAUCAGUAAAGAUAGAUUGGGAUUUGAUUUAAAAGAGCGAAGAAAGAAGUUAGAACAAAUUGAAAGAUUGCUUGCUGAACCGCCUAUCACAUUGAAUGAAUUGAAUAACUUGGAAAAUACUUUGAUGGCCUUAAGAAGAGCAGUCAAUCAAAUGGAGGAUAAAUUAAAGAGAGAAGCAAAGCCUGAAGAUGACAAAUUAACUAUCUAUAAAUAAUAGGCCUAAUUGGUUGCUAAGAAGAAGGAAAGAGCAGUUGAAGAUAUAAAAAAGGCUGAAGAAGAAUAGCAAUUAAUAGAGAAGGAAGUGUUCAAAAAGGAAGAUUAAAUUGCAAAGGAGAGAGGACCUAAUUAUAAAACCAAAGGAGAAUUCAAGGAAUAUGCUAAUUAAUUAAAGGACAAGAAAUUUCAAUAUCAAAAAUUAAAGGAUGAAUUAAAGGCUUUUUAAGCAGAAAGAGCUACAUUGGAAAGAACAGAAUAGAUCUUAAGAAAAUAGAAAAACGAAUUACUUAAGUAAUAAUAAGAAUUAGAGAAGACUCAUGGAAUUGUUGGUUAUAGCAAGAAGAAGGAAGGUUUAGAAAAAUUGUCAGAAGAAAAUCAAUAAAUUAAUUUAUAAAAAGGUUAAACUUUAGAGGAGAUUUCUAAAAUUGUAAAUGAAAUCCAAGCCUAAAUUUAAUUGAAAAGACCUUUGAUCUAAGAGCAAUUAGCAGAAAUUAAGACUGUUAGAUAAUAAUACUCUGUAAAUAAUGUGGUCAUAUUUGUAGGAUUUAGAAUAAGAACAUAAAAAAAAGAAAUAAGAGUUUGAUAGAAUUAUGUUGGGAGUCGAAAGUGAUUAAAGCUCCCUGGUUAUUGAAGUUAAAAAGCUAAGAGAUGAAGUUUAUGCUUUGGAUAGAAAAAUGAAACUCAAUAAAUUUAAUUCUGAAAUUUUAGAAAUUAAAAUUUAAAGAUUGAAUGAUGAAGUAGAAAUAUUGAUAUUCAUUUUAGGUUGAGUACAGCAAAGGAGGGAAAUAAUUAUCAUCUUAAUUUAAAUCUAAUUCAGAAAUGUUGCAAUAGAGAAUUUUGAAAUUAGAAGAGAACAUUAAAAAUCUUAAAUAGCAAAGAGAACUUGUAAAAGAAAAUUACGAACCAUCAUUAAGACAAGUAAUUGUUAAUAACAAUAUCAUAGAUGAACUAUUUUAGCGAUUUAAAAAAGAUACUAAAUGUUAAGUUCUAACAAUUAUCAAACGAGCAAGGACAAAAGUAAUAAAUGAAAGCAGGAGCUAAUAGAUUAGUUAUUGGUUGA